GAAUGGAGGCUGCCUCUUCCUGGUGGGUAAACAGUGACAGCUACAGGGCAGCCACCUAGACCAAGCACACAAGCUCUGGCGCUGCCCUGGCAAACAACACCCAAAAUGGCUUCAGACAGUACACACAUCGCGCAGUUGACUUCUGAACUGUACUUCCUAAUAGCCCGGUUUCUAGAGGCUGGACCGUGCCAGAAAGCCGCCGAGACCCUGAUAAGGGAGGUGGAGGAGAAGGAGCUGCUACCCAGAAGGCUGGACUGGACAGGGCAGGAGCACCCCGGGACCUACAGAAAUUUGGUGAAGCUCUACAGACAUGUCACUCCAGACCACCUGCUGCAGGUUUGCUCCAGGGUUUGUCCGCUGCUGGAGAGGGAGGUCCCCGCCAGCGUGCCGGGCCUCACCAGCCUGCUGGGGGCCGGCAGGCAGAAUCUUCUACGCACCAGCAAGAGCUGCAAACAUGUUGUGUGGAAGGGUUCGGCAUUGGCAGCGCUACACUGUGGAAGACCCCCAGAGCCACCCAUUAUAUAUGGGAGUCCGCCUAAUAUUGUGGAGACGAGCUACAGUCGUCGACUGAACGGCUCCUACCGUCUCCGUCAGCUGGUGCCCACAGCGGUGUACCAACACAUGAAGAUGCACAAGAGGAUUCUGGGACACCUGUCGUCAGUGUACUGUGUGACGUUUGACAGGACGGGCCGCCGCAUCUUCACGGGUUCAGAUGACUGCCUGGUGAAGAUCUGGGGAACAGAUGAUGGCCGACUGCUGGCCACCCUGCGGGGACACGCUGCAGAGAUUUCCGACAUGGCUGUGAGCUACGAGAACACCAUGAUCGCUGCCGGGUCGUGUGACAAGACCAUCAGAGUGUGGUGCUUACAAACCUGCGCCCCUUUGGCUGUCCUGGAGGGGCAUGCUGCCUCCAUCACCUCUCUGCAGUUUUCGCCUCUCUGUAGUGGCUCUAAACGCUACCUGUCCUCCACCGGAGCCGACGGCACCAUCUGCUUCUGGCAGUGGGACGCUCGCACACUCAAAUUUGGCCAGAGACCCAGCAAAUUCACAGAGCGGUCCAGACCCGGCGUCCAGAUGAUUUGCUCCUCCUUCAGUGCAGGUGGGAUGUUCCUUGCCACAGGAAGCACUGAUCACAUCAUUAGGGUUUACUACUUUGGGUCAGGUCAACCAGAGAAGAUCUCUGAGCUUGAGUCCCACACAGAUAAAGUUGACAGCAUCCAGUUUUCACAUUGCAGUGACAGGUUUGUGAGUGGCAGCAGAGAUGGUACAGCUCGAAUCUGGCAGCUGCAGCCUCAGGGCUGGAAGAGCAUUCUGCUGGAUAUGCAGACCAAACUGCCUGGGAAGUACAACCCUCCUCCCUUAGAAGAUAAAGUCACUAAGCUGAAGGUUACCAUGGUGGCCUGGGAUCGCCAUGACAGCACUGUGAUCACAGCAGCCAAUAAUUUGACUCUGAAAGUGUGGAACUCUAUCACUGGGAACCUGGUUCAUGUCCUGAUGGGUCAUGAAGAUGAGGUGUUUGUCCUGGAGCCUCAUCCCUUUGAUCCAAGAAUCCUGUUCUCGGCCGGGCACGAUGGAAACUGUAUAGUUUGGGACCUAGCAAGAGGAGUCAAGAUCCGCUCUUACUUCAACAUGAUUGAAGGGCAGGGACACGGAGCGUUGUUUGACUGCAAAUGUAGUCCUGAUGGUCAGCACUUUGCAGCCACCGAUUCCCACGGCCAUCUCCUCAUCUUUGGCUUCGGCUCCAGCAGCAAAUAUGAUAAGAUUGCUGACCAGAUGUUUUUCCACACUGACUACCGGCCUCUAAUCAGAGAUGCCAAUAACUACGUUCUUGAUGAGCAGACUCAGCAGGCUCCCCACCUGAUGCCCCCUCCCUUUUUGGUGGACGUGGACGGGAACCCACACCCCCCUCGAUACCAGCGGUUGGUGCCUGGCAGAGAGGGCUGCCGGGAUGAGCAGCUGAUACCUCAGAUGGGGGUCACUUCCUCUGGCCUGAACCAGGUAGUAAGUGAGCAGGCAGUGGAUGGCUCCAGUCCUCUGGAUACCAUGAUUCAGAGGCUGCAGCAGGAGCAGGACCAAAGGAUGGGAACAAAUGACGCCGCUGCUUCUGGAGUAAACAACAGGGCAAACAGAGGAUCUGUUGGUUCUCCCACAGAAGUACACUCCCCUCCCAAUGUUGGUCUCCGGCGCAGUGGUCAGAUUGAAGGCGUUCGCCAGAUGCACAGCAAUGCUCCCCGCAGCCAGAUGGCCACAGAGGGAGACCUGGUGGCAUGGAGCCGCAGGGUGCUGGUUCCAGAGCUGGAGGAGGCCUUUGUCAGGAGACAGGUGACCUGGCGUGAGGCCAAAGGAGACGAGGAGAUCAAUAUUUAUCAGUCAGAGAGGAGGAGACGCACAAUCCACUCGCUUCCAAAGGAGAGCAGGGUUCAGCCAACAUCAGAGUGUGCAGUAGAUGAGGGAAGGAAGAGUCAGGGGAACCACGGCUAUCAAACCCGCGCUGCCAUGGAGGAGACGAGUCGUCAGAGUGCAGAGGCUGCUGAUGACGAUGAUAGUGCCUCAGAGGGAGAAGUGGAGGUUCGGCAAAUUAACGGGUAUUCCUCAGAGGAUGAAAAGAACGAAGAGGAAAAGGAGCCUUGGCCAGAUGAGCACAGCAGCUCCAGCGAUUACUCCAGCGAUUACUCUGACUGGACAGCAGAUGCCGGCAUCAACCUGGAGCCGCCCAAGAAGAGCGUGAAAGUGAAAAAGAAAAACAGCAGCUCCGAGGAGGAUGGGGAGAAGAAGAAGGAGGGAAAGAAGGAGAAGAAGAAAGAGAAAGCAGACAAAGAGGGUGCAUUACCAAAGAAGAAGAAACCAAAGGAGAAGAGGAAGAGGAAUGAAUUUCAGGAGCAGGGGCUAACGUUGGAGGAAUGGCUUCCCUCUGCCUGGAUCACAGACACCGUCCCCCGGAGAUGUCCCUACAUACCUCAGAUGGGAGACGAGGUGUACUACUUCCGCCAAGGUCACGAGGCUUAUGUGGAAAUGGCCAAACAAAAAAAGAUUUUCAGCAUCAACCCUAAGAAACAGCCCUGGCACAAGAUGGAGCUACGGGAGCAGGAAUUAAUGAAGAUAGUUGGGAUCAAAUAUGAGGUUGGCUUGCCCACACUCUGCUGCCUGAAACUCGCCUUUUUGGACCCGGACACAGGAAAGCUAACAGGAGGCUCCUUCUCCAUGAAGUACCAUGACAUGCCUGAUGUCAUUGACUUCCUGGUGUUGCGGCAACAGUUUGACAAUGCUAGAAGAAGGCAGUGGGCUAUAGGUGACAGAUUUCGGUCGGUGAUAGACGACGCCUGGUGGUUCGGGACCAUUGAAAGUCAGGAGCCCUACCAGCUCCAAUAUCCUGACAGCUUGUUCCAGUGCUACAACGUCUGCUGGGAUAAUGGUGACACAGAGAAGAUGAGCCCCUGGGACAUGGAGCUCAUCCCCGAUGAAGCUUCAUUUCCUGAUGAAUUGGGCACGAGUGUCCCGCUAACAGAGGAGGAGCAGAAAGAUUUGCUCUACGUCCCGCAGGAUGGGGAAUGGGGAUGCCGCACACGUGCAGAGGAGUGUGAACGCAUCAUUAAAGCCAUUGACCAGCUCUGUACUCUCGAUGUGGCGGCACCGUUUGCAUUCCCAGUGGACUUACAGGCGUACCCGACAUACUGCACGGUAGUCGCCUAUGUCACCGAUCUUAGCACCAUACGUCAAAGGCUGGUAAAUCGCUUCUACAGACGGCUUUCCUCUUUAAUGUGGGAGGUGCGUUAUAUAGAACACAACGCCCAGACGUUCAAUGAGCCAGGGUCGUUCAUCGUCACGACUGCCAAGUUCGUCUCUGACCUCAUGCUGGCCUUUAUUAAGGACCAAAGUCUCACAGACCUUAAGCCUCUGUACAAAACCAUGAAGAAGGCCACCUUCUCUGACUCAGAAGAUGAGGAUGAUGAGGAUGAUGACGAAGAUAUUAACACCCCAGGAACAUCAACCCGAAAUCAUAAGGGCCGUCAACCCAUGCAGCGCAAGCUACGGACACGGCCUCGUUCUUACGAUCCUCAUGCCUGGAAAGGACGCUGCAAGGAGCUGCUAGACCUCAUCUUUCAGUGUGAGGAUUCUGAGCCCUUUAGAGAACCUGUUGACCUGCAAGAAUAUACGGACUACCUGCAAAUAGUUGACUCUCCAAUGGACUUUGGGACAGUUUUAAAAAAGCUGACAGGGGGAAAUUACCACUCUCCUAUUGAGCUAUCCAAGGAUGUCCGGCUGAUUUUCAGCAAUUCCAAGGCUUACACACCCAGUAAAAAGUCAAGGAUAUACAGCAUGAGUCUGAGGCUUUCAGCGCUGUUUGAAGAGCAUAUCAGCGCCAUCCUGUCGGAUUACAAAGCAAUCCACGGCAUGACGGAUAAACUGACGAGGCGGGGGACAGACAGGCAGACACGACACACUGCAGACAGACAAACGCGGCACACGGCAAAGAGAAGGAGAAGCGAGUCGCCCACAAGUAGCAAUGCAUCCAGCCCAGAGAGGAAGAGACGGGUAUCAUCCAGGGUGACGGCUAAGAGGGAGCCAUCACCAGCUCCUUCACGGCCGCCGUCACUCAGACAAAACGUCCCUGUGAAACAGACGCCUCAGCUGGUCAAUGGUAAAGUGGACACCCCAGCUCCAGGGCGGACACGUAGUUCUGCACGCCAUAUUGCGCACUCCUCACCUCCUCCUUCAAAUAAUCUCACCAACAGCACACCAAACACAGGAGAAUCUUCUCGCUCGCUACGGACUCAUAAUUCUGUGCGGGCUUCAACUCCACCAGUCCCUGAAAAGGUUACACCCCCUCCACCAGCAGAGAGUAGCAGCGGCAGCACUCGUCGGAAACUCAGGACGCCAGUGCGACACACGCCUGGUUCCCCUUCCAGCCCUUCAACUCAAAUCACGGCCCAUCUGAACGGUCACAGCAGUCACAUGACCCUCGGCGUGGGAAGAAGGGGACGGAGGUCCAGAAGGGACUCACCGGUGAGUCCUCCAGAAGUCCCGACUCCGGCCAGCCCCUCAAGACCCCGAGGUCGCCCACCUGGCAAAAAGAAGGACAGAAAGGGCAAGAAGGACCAGGAGGAGAUGAGACGGAGCGGGAGUCGUAGGAGCACCACUCCUGAUGACGAGUUGGACCACUCCACCGGGGACGAAGGCGGAGCUUCUUCCGCCCCAGAAACCUCAGCACCUUCUGAGUCCGGCAUGGCUUCGACACCUAGACGAAGAGGCCGACCCCGGUUAGUAAAAACUAUGGAGUCGACUCCUCCUGCGGAGUCCCCUGAACCCUCUCCACUGAGAAGGAGCAGCAGGAGAACAAACGAGGAGGCCACGCCUCAUCCUCACACUGCCUCUCAGCGAUCCAGUCAGAAAGAUUCUCCAAAGGAGGAGGACGCAGAGGGGACAAUGGGGGCCAUGCGCACACGCAACCAAGGACGACGGUCAGCCUGGUACAUGGAGGAGGACUCUGAGGAGGAGCAGAGGCAGUUGCUGUUUGAGGACUCCUCAAUCACCUUUGGGACAUCCUCAAAGGGGCGCGUCCGCAAACUGACAGAAAAGGCCAAAGCCAAUCUCAUAGGCUGGUAAAGAACUUGUGCACCAGCUGGAGUGCUCAGAGGGCUGAGAGAUUUCCAGGUGGAUGGAACGGAGGCUAACAGCCCGUCGCCCUUCCCGCCGUUGACCCUACUUUACUCUCCGCCCACUAAGCACUUCAGAGCUGCAUGUUUGUAUCCUCCCACACCUCCUAUUCUAUUGAUCCAUGUUGGAUCCCACAGGAGCACAGAAUCUGUGUCUGUGAAGGCGGUGUUUCUCCCUUUGUCCGGCGAACCUCUCCUCUGCCUGACCUUAAACACAGUUUGGAGUCAGAUUGGGCCAAAAGUAAUCGGGUCAGACCUGCAUAGACAACUGGCCUAAGACCCCCGAUUCUCCCCCCAAACUUUAUCCUGUCCCUUUUUUUUCUAAAACCUCUUCUUUACUUUUUCUCAAACAUCACAUGUUUGUCCCUUUGAUUUGGAAGUCUUACUCAUAGGCCAAGCUGGGCGUGUCUGUCAGUGCUAAAAUACCAAAAGGCGUACCUCUGUCGGUACUGUACACCGGUACAUUCUGUUCUUGUGUUGUUAAUUUUCGUUUUCUGCAUGUUAAUCAGAAAGAGGAAGCCACUUCUUCCUGAAAGCUGUUUUUACUGUGAGGGGGUUAAAUACGAUGCAUGAGUGAAAGGAGUUAAUCAUGUGUCUUUAUAUCAUGUCUGAAUGCGUCCUCUGCAUUAGCAAUACCUUGUGCCUUUACAUGUAAGGUGUGUGGGUGCGUGCAUGCAUGUGCUAGGCCUCUGCUUGUGCACAUUUGUCAAAAAACUUGCCUUCUUUGGCUUUUGCAAGUUUCAGUCAUAUGUUUGCAGAUGAUCAUCUCUGGCAUGAUGGGAUUUUAGUUUGGGGCUUUUUAUGAAGCAUUUGAUGAGAAAUAAUAAGCUAAAAUGAAUUUUAUUUUCAAGAACCUGGUCUGCUGAGGUUAAGAUGCUAAUGUUUACAUAAACUCUGACUGUGUCCGAAUGUCCACCCUAAUCACUAUAUAGGGCUCUAUAUAGUGGUUAAGCCAUUUUAGAGAAGUGUCCGAAUGUCUAGCGGAUGAAAAAGUAGUGGACUCGAAAUUUCCCACAAUGCACCUUGAAAAGUAGGGAUCAUCGUUAGUCACUAAACGAGCGGAUAUAUCGAGCAUCAUGGGAUUUGUUGUCAAAGCAGCGCCUAUGGCUGUCACUAUCCGACAUUGGCGACAAAACAAAGAUGGCGCAGCCACCGUGUGGGGAGGCAGAGUCACGUGACCAACGGAGAGCGAAAAGUAGUGAUCAUCUGUCCGAAUGGUAAGUUCCCUGAGGCCACUAUAUAGUCCACUAUAUAGUCCACACUCUGUAUAGAUAUUGAGGGAUCUAGGGGUUAGGGCGAACGUUCGGACACAGCCUAUAUGAUGUUUUAAUAAACAGAGCCUGGAUAGCUAAUCCUCUGCAACCUUUUUGUAGCUAUCAGCAACCAUGUGGCUUAACUCUUAGUAGAUUUGGUAUUUUAUUGAAAUGUUAUGUUUCCUGCCCCAGACAUGACUCUUUUUCAUAGUCCAUCAAACUUCUAUGGCAUUUCAGCCGAGGACAUUGCAGAAAGUUAAUGUUAGCUUAAUUUACUCACUCCGAACCGUUUCUGAUGCGUUUGGGUUUAUUGUCCUGUUUGCACCUGUUUAACGGUGCCUGAAAUCUGUUCCCUGACAGCAGUUUGAGCUCAGAUUCAAAAUUAAAAAGCUAAACCAGCAGCUUCAACAUCAGAGAUUUUAAGCUACAUGAAUAAGCCAAACGCCUUUAGAACAUAUCACAGACAGAAUCAAAGAAAUGAACUGUUAGACAACAUGUUAAGCACAGUCGCAGCAGGAUCAUGCUGAGGGCUAGACUUCCUCUAAUCAGUAGCUACAGAAGCAAAAGAACAGUUGCUGCUCCAGAAGAGGAAAAUUACCCAAACACAACCUAAAGUUGGAUGGAGCAGGCUUCAGGAAAUGUUAACAAACUCUCCUUCAAAGCCGCAGGAAAUGCAAACAU